UACGAGUACAAGUAUGUGCACACUGAUCGUGUUAGAAAUGCUUUGAAAUAUUUAAUCAGGUGCAAUAGGUGUUAUAAAGAUGUUGAGAUUAAUGAAUGGUGGGUUAACUCUUUGGAUGAACCGCCAGAGAAUGUUGUUUGUGAUGAAAUGCAGGAACAAAAUGCUGAAGCUGAAAAUGGUGAUGAGCAAAAUUAUUCUGAAGAAGAAACUGAGGAAGACUUGACCUACAUCAAAGAGCAAUGUGGUCUUUUGUCUGACACGUCAUUACAACCUGUUGAUGUGGGUUCUGAAAUAAUUGAUCAGCAUUUUCAGGAUGUAUUAAAUGUUGCGCCAGCUGAAGGAAAGAGUCCUGUUAAAUUGCUAUCUGAUAAAACAAAUGAAGCUAAAUGUUUUCCUGUUCUUUUUCCAACUGGUGGCCCAACAUUCCAUGAUGACAGGGAAGUAAAAAUCACACUGUCCCGAUACCUAAAUGCAAGAAUUCUGAAUGCAGAUGGGCGUUUUGCACAAAACACAGACUUUAUAUUUUAUGCACAGUAUUUGUCAGAAUUGGAUCAAAUUGUGUCUAACGUUUCUAUUGCCUUAAGAAAAGGUUCAGACAACAGUUUGUUACAGGCGGUUACAGCAGAUGUGCUCACUAACCCGGAAUCGUUAACCAAGUUGCUGAAUUACGAUGAAGGCUACAAGUUUUUAAGGCCGGUCCGUGGAACACCCCCAUAUUGGCAAAGCACUCAGAAAGAUCUUUUUGCUCUCAUCAGACAACUAGGUAUUCCAACUUUCUUUGCAUCAUUUAGCUCAGCAGAUCUAAGGUGGCCUGAAAUGAUCAAAACCAUUCUUAUUCAAGAAGGUAAGAAUUUAAAUGUUGAUGAGCUUGAUUGGUCUGAAAAAUGUGGGCUGAUUAGAAGAAAUCCCGUCACUGCUGCAAGAAUGUUUGACCAUAGGUGGCAUUGCUUUUUGAAAGACGUAGUUAUGUCUCCUGCUCAACCUAUUGGAAAAGUAAUCGAUUACUUUUACCGUGUGGAAUUUCAGCAGCGUGGAUCUCCUCAUGUUCAUUGUCUGUUUUGGGUAGAAAAUGCUCCAAAGUUAAAUGAAGACAAUGAAGACAAUGAUGCUUUGGUUGCUGCAUUUGUAGAUUGUUACAUCACUUGUGAGAUCCCGAGUGAGGAGGAUACUGAAUUGUAUGAGACUGUCAACAGUGUUCAGAAGCACAGUGUCAGACAUUCUAAGACAUGUCGUAAGAAAAACACAGUUUGUAGGUUUAAUUUUCCACGACCACCAUCUAGUCGCACAUUUAUAUCAAGAGCUUAUUUGGGGAAAUGCAAUGAUGAAAAUGAGACUGCAAGUGCAGUUUUGAAGAAGAUUAAAAGUGCCUUAACAGAUUUUGAUGUCAAUUUUGUGUCAACAGAGGCAUUUUUUCAUUCGAUUGGGAUUGAUCAGGCUGUGUUUGAGAAGGCUUACAAGAAAUGUUGAAAGAAGAAAAGUGUUAUCUUGAAACAAAAUCCAAAUGAUGUUUGGGUAAACCAGUAUAACAAACAUCU